CGAGAGGCAAAUGUGAUUCUUCUUCUUCAACGCUAUGAAUGGGUUCUUUUAAGUAGAGAACAAACUCUUUUGAGUCUUCCAUACGCUGGAAAGAGAUUGGAUUUUGCGAUUCCCUUCCAAGAGAGUUUACACUACUUGAGCCACGAAAAUGAGGCUGUUGAAAGUAGCCACGUGUAACUUGAACCAAUGGGCUAUGGACUUCGAAUGCAACAUGAAGAACAUCAAGGCUUCCAUUGUUCAUGCAAAGGCUGCUGGUGCUGUCAUCAGGCUUGGUCCGGAGCUCGAGGUCACUGGUUAUGGCUGCGAGGAUCACUUCUUGGAGCUAGACACCGUCACUCAUGCGUGGGAGUGUUUGAAGGAAUUGCUGCUUGGUGACUGGACGAAAGAUAUACUGUGUAGCAUAGGAAUGCCAGUGAUUAAAGGAGCAGAACGGUAUAACUGUCAGGUUCUCUGUAUGAACAAAAGAAUCAUCAUGAUUCGACCAAAGAUGUGCCUUGCAAACGAUGGAAACUACAGGGAGCUGAGGUGGUUCACUGCUUGGAAGCAUAGAGGAGAGCUCGAGGAGUUUCACCUCCCUAUUGAAAUCUCAGAGGCUUUGUCACAGGAAUCAGUCCCUUUUGGUUAUGGUUACAUCCAGUUCAUCGACACAGCUGUUGCAGCUGAAGUUUGUGAGGAGCUGUUUAGUCCAAUCCCUCCUCAUGCUGAGCUUGCAUUGAAUGGCGUGGAGGUGUUUAUGAAUGCAAGUGGGAGUCAUCACCAGCUAAGAAAGCUAGAUAUUCGUUUGAAUGCUUUCAUGGGUGCUACUCACGCUCGUGGUGGGGUUUAUAUGUACAGUAAUCAACAGGGAUGCGAUGGUGGCCGCUUAUACUACGAUGGAUGUGCAUGCAUUGUGGUAAAUGGGAAUGUUGUAGCUCAAGGGUCACAGUUCUCGUUGAAGGACGUUGAGGUCAUCACUUCCCAAGUGGAUCUAGAUGCGGUUGCUAGUCUUCGCGGAUCUAUAAGUAGUUUUCAGGAACAAGCAAGUUGUAAGGUGAAAGUAUCUUCAGUAUACGUGCCCUGUAAGCUGACACAGUCCUUCAACCUAAAAAUGACACUAAGCAGUCCGAAGAAGAUUAUGUACCAUUCUCCACAAGAAGAAAUAGCCUUUGGUCCUGCUUGCUGGCUAUGGGACUAUUUGAGAAGAAGCGGCGCUUCAGGGUUCUUGCUUCCUCUUUCUGGUGGAGCAGACAGCUCGUCGGUGGCAGCUAUUGUUGGCUGCAUGUGCCAACUUGUUGUUAAAGAGAUUGCAAAUGGAGAUGAGCAAGUGAAAACUGAUGCGAAACGGAUUGGGAAUUAUGAUAAUGGAGAGUUUCCUACUGAUAGCAAAGAGUUUGCCAAACGAAUAUUUUACACUGUCUUUAUGGGGUCUGAAAACAGUUCUGAGGCGACAAAAAUGCGUGCAAAGCAGCUGGCAGACGAGAUCGGUGCAUGGCAUCUAGAUGUUUGCAUAGAUGGUGUUGUCUCUGCGGUUCUAACUUUAUUUCAAACGGUUACUGGCAAGCGUCCACGUUAUAAGGUUGAUGGAGGAUCAAACGUUGAGAAUCUUGGGUUGCAGAACAUACAAGCACGGAUGAGAAUGGUGCUAGCGUUUAUGUUAGCGUCUCUCUUGCCUUGGGUUCAUAGCAAACCAGGUUUUUACCUUGUUCUAGGCAGCUCCAACGUUGAUGAAGGACUUCGUGGUUACCUAACAAAGUAUGAUUGCAGCUCAGCAGACAUAAACCCCAUAGGAAGUAUCAGUAAACAAGAUCUGAGGUUGUUCCUAAGAUGGGCUGCAACGAAUCUUGGUUAUCAAUCCUUGGCAGACAUAGAAGCUGCUCCACCAACAGCUGAGCUUGAACCCAUUCGUUCUGACUAUUCUCAGCUUGAUGAAGUGGACAUGGGAAUGACAUAUGAAGAGCUUUCAGUCUAUGGAAGAAUGAGGAAGAUUUUCCGGUGUGGCCCAGUUUCCAUGUUCAAGGUUUGAGUUAUGAUCUUUAGACAAAUAUACUAAACCAUGAUACAGUGAGACUCGAAUUGUUUUGUAAUGAUUCUGCAGAAUCUAUGUUACAAGUGGGGAACAAAGCUAACCCCAGCGGAAGUAGCUGAGAAAGUGAAGUACUUCUUCAAGUAUUAUUCAAUCAAUCGACACAAAAUGACUGUCCUCACACCGUCCUACCACGCUGAGAGUUACUCUCCAGAGGACAACAGGUUCGAUCUGAGGCAGUUUCUGUAUAACAGCAAGUGGCCAUACCAGUUUAAGAAGAUUGAUGAGAUUGUUGACGGCUUAAAUGGCGACUCAGUUACUUUUCCAGGAGAAGAAGGAAGAUCCGCCAAAGAAGUUGGAGUCGUGGCAGCAAACUCCGGUGACCCAAGCGCGGGUCUCUGAUGAAACUACUUUACCUCUCUGUUUCAACUUAAAAGUGGAUGUUUGGAACAGUGUGGAAACAAAUAACAUGUUUGUGUUGAAGAGAACAACAAAACAACAGUAACCACUUCCAAUAAGUUUUCUUUUUGAGUAAGUCGAUGAUCAUAUGAUCUUGUUAAAAGUUCAUUAUUAUGCAACAAACUUAUGUUUAUACAUGUUUAAAGUUUAGUUUGUGAGCAUGAUUUGUCAGUUAUAAUCCCCUUCUUAUUAUUUGAGGAGAACUUUUGCAAAUAAACC